UAGUAUAGGGUAGUACUGUACCUAUCUAUCCAAUCGUUGUCUCGCGAGAACUUUUUUAUCCAAUCAUCACUCUUUAUUACGUCUUUUCAGACGUCACUUAGACAACAAUCGAACAAAGUUAGUAAAUUUUCCGUGUUAUGUCCGACGAUACACACAAUGUUCGGAGAUUACGAAAAUUUUCUUACAUUUAUUGGUUUAAUUUUCGUUUCUGGCUUUCUGCUGUCGAUUAUUAAAGAAGUUUUCCGUGGAAUUCGUUUGUACUUGCUUCCUACAUUCGUUCCACCCGAUUUUAAAAAGUAUGGCGAAUGGGUCGUGAUCACCGGUGGAAGCGCAGGUAUAGGAAAGUGUACGGCUCAACAAUUGGCAAAAUUUGGCUUGAACUUGGUACUGGUUAGCAACGAGUCAGAAGAAUUAAAGAUGACGGCAGAAGACAUCCAAGCCGAAUUCGGUGUGAAGUGUUGUGACGUAAUGGCCGAUCUGACAGGAGGAAAGAAAGCUUAUGACUCUUUGUGGGCUAAAAUUCAAGAUAAAGACGUCGGGAUUUUUAUUAAUUGCGCAGGUAUCGACGGUAAGUCACCGUGUCUUUUUCUAGAAGAAACGGAAAGAAACAUUCAGAUAAUGAUGGCUUUAAAUAUGAAUGUUGUGGUCGAUACCACGUAUAGAUUAUGUAAUUACUAUUUAAAAAAGAAAAAAGGGGUUAUAGUUAAUAUAUCGUCGUUGUCGUCUUUUUUUCCUACUCCGUAUUACGCUACUUAUUCCGCAUGCAAAAAAUUUGUGGAUGACUUCAGUAAAGCCGUAAUGACGGAAUUAUCUGGAACAAACGUAACCUUGCAGUCUCUAACGCCAUUUUUUGUUAAUACUAGAAUGUUAAGCGAUAAACCUUAUUUAAUGACGUUAGGUCCAUUUGUACCGUCGACCGAGACUUUUUGCCAAAGUUGGGCUAAAAGUAUAGGAAUAAGCAAUACAUGUAGCGGUUUCUGGUUGCACGAGGUUUUAGCUUAUUGUACUCGUUUUUGUCCUUCUUUUAUAUUGAAUUUAAGUAUGGGUAAAAUAUAUUCAAAUGCAGAAAAAUUUAGAAAAGAAGUCCGUAAUGAAACUAAUGCAGAAAUUAAUUAAUUGAUAACAAAUUUUCUGUAAAUAUUGAAUUGACUUCUCUAUAAUAGAUUUUUGCCAUUAAAAGUAUUGUUUUCUUUGUGCAGGCAAAAUGCUUUUCUGAACUUUAAAAUUAUAAUAUAAACAUUUAUCAAAUGAAUAAUAUUAACUUUAAACUGAACUGAAUAUAAUGCGAGACUUAAUGUAAUUUUCUCGUGUAAUUUUAAAUAUCUAUAUUGAUAUAACGUUUACUGUUUAAUAGCAAUCAAUAACUGUAUUUUUACAUAUAUUUAAUAUUU